AUGAUGCAUUUAGCUUUUCUCAUCCUGAUCGUCUUAACAGAUGUGGCUUCCUCUCAGAAAGUAUGCAGUUACCAGGAUGUUCUUGAUUACCUGAACCUGACCACAGAUAACAGUGUGUUUAAACUGACCCGGCCUGUGCUGGACUACACACACCCCACCAUAGUGCAGCUGGACAUCAUCCUCUAUGCCAUUCUGGCUGUGAUUGAGAAAACACAAACUUUUAUUCCCUUCGUCUGGGCAACCCUGAUUUGGAAUAAUGAACGCAUCUCAUGGGACCCUGCUCAUUUUUGUGGAAUUACCCACAUUACAAUUCCUCGAGAAAUCCUCUGGAAACCAGAUCUCUUCAUUUAUGAGAUGAUACAGACGGACGACUCCCCUCAAAAUGCAUACAUAUACGUAUCAUACGACGGGAUCAUUACUUCUGAAGAGGACCUUAAGAUUGUCAGCACCUGUAAGAUGGAUGUCCACAAGUUCCCCUUCGACACACAAAAAUGUAACAUCACCAUCGGCUCUGCGAUUCACUGUGUAAAUGAAAUGAGGCUUUUGCCUUUCUCCAACUCAUCUCGGGCGACACAGUUUUCCCGUGAGGUGAUGAAGACGCAGGGAGAGUGGGAGUUCCUCCAGCUAUCCAUCUCCAAAGUCAAUUUCACCAUCGAAAAUAGACAGUGGGAAAAUCUCAUAUAUACU